AAAUUUGACAUUUUCUCUCACAUGUUGUUGUGCUGGAUAGUUUGAAGCUGGGACUGAUUUGUUUUAUAUUAUUCAAAACUUUUAUUUACAUUCAUUUAUUGAGUUAAAGCCCAACCCUUAAAACUCUAUAGGUACGAUUUACUAUGGAAUCAACCAUGGGUUCAGAAGAAAAUGUGAAUCCGAGAAAGAAAUUCAAGUAUUUGAAAGAACAAGUGUCUAAGGCAACUCUGCAAGCAGUAAAAGCGAUGGGCUUUAAAAUAAUGACUGAUAUUCAAGCUGAGGUUUUACCUGAAGCUUUAGACGGGGCAGAUGUAGUAGCCACAGCUAAAACAGGUUCCGGAAAAACGUUGGCCUUUUUAAUUCCAGCUGUAGAAACUGUGAUCAAGUGUAUGGAAAAACAGAUUCAAGGUACAUGCUGUAUAAUCAUAUCACCAACUAGAGAACUGGCUAUACAGACCUACAGUGUGUUGCAAGAAAUUCUGUCACACCAUGAAGCUAUCACAUCAGCUCUAGUUAUUGGCGGAGAAAGUAGAAAGAAACAAAGUGCGGAGUUAGCUACAGGUUGGUAUGCUGUAUGUGAAACAGAGUAUAGACUAUGGUGGUUACAUAAAUUACUGAAGAAAACUCGUAACUUUAAAGUAAUGGUGUUCUUUUCAAGCUGUAAGUCAGUUGAAUUUCACCAUGAAUUUUUCAGCAAGUACUGUGAAGCUAACGUUUUGUGUAUUCAUGGUAAAAUGAGUCAAAUCGAUAGGACAGAGGUAAUAACGAAUUUCUACAAUGCGGAAAAAGUAGCAUUAUUUUGCACAGAUUUAGCAGCAAGAGGGUUGGAUAUACCGGCUGUUGAUUGGAUCGUACAAUUCGAUCCACCAUCAGAUGCAAAUGAGUACAUUCAUAGGGUAGGCAGAACUGCUAGAGGCAUGGGAGCAGAAGGAAAUGCUGUAAUUUUAUUGCGACCAGACGAAAUAGAAUUUGUUUCGUAUUUGAAAGAAUCUAAAAUAUAUUUAGACAAAUAUGAGUCGUGGGAUAAGUUUGCCAAUUUACAGCCUAAGCUUGAUGCUGCCAUGUCAGACCCACAGUUUCAUGAGUUAGCGGUGGAAGCUUUUCAAGGGUACAUGAGGGCGUUUGAAGUAAAGAAACUAAAACAUAUAUUUAAUUUAAUAACAAUGGAUGUCGACGCCGUCGCCAGAUCUUUCGGUCUAAAAGAAAGGCCAGAUGUUGACGUUCGAAUAGGAUUCAGUAAAAAACAUAGACCCAGAAAAAGGAUGGCAGCUAUGCUUGCAGAACAGUCAGCUGGGAGUACCAAACGAAUAAAAUAAGCACAGCAAUAAGGGUUCUUAGGUAAGAAGUGGAUGUUUUGCUAAGGAAGUACAGAAGAUGG